GGCGGCGGAUCAAACGCGCUGUGCGGCGGACCGGGCGGUCGCAGCCUCGCGCUUUCCAUCUCCAAAGAUCUUUAACGGAUUUCUACCAUCCGUUCACGCUCCGUUUCAUGCUCAGGCUUCACCUCAACAUCCAGCUUUCUCUCCUCCGUAACAUUUUCCAUCUGGACCGGAAGAAGGACCGCGGCAUCAUCGGAUUACAUUCCAGUUAACGCACAACGACUCUGUCUCUCUCUCUCCGCUCCUCCGGCCGAAACAUAAGCGUUAAUCCGGAUCACCUCGGUGCACACAUCCGUGAUUUCUUUCCUCCUCUCGUUUUUUCUUUUCUUCUCUCAUUCUUUCAUUUUCAGGAAAUCCUGAACGUUUUUCGACCGUAAACAAAGCAAGAGGAAAAAGACAACGAGGAUCACUUUGUGCAUCACACCAUGCGUUCAGAUUCCGAUCCCGAACCGGAUCCUGACCCGGUUUUCAUUCAUUAAAAUUCACACCGCGAUGAAAAAAUAACGUGCAUUUAAAAAAAAAAAAGAGGGGGUCACGUGACGUCACGCUGUCAUUUCGGGCAUUUCUCCAAGUCUGAGUGAUUUACAUUUAUGGUGAUCAAACGAUCACGGAUGAAACUUAACGCUUUGAUGUGCGCACGCCGGUGCGCGCGCUCUAGUGGAUUUAAUCCGGUGCGCGCGGACGCGCUUCCAGGCGAGCCGCUGGGGUUUUUUUAAGGGUCCUGUCCGGUUUCUCAGAAACACCGAACACUAUUCGGUUGUAAGUUUGUAUCUGCGCUCCGGAUUCGGUCUGUUCACACAAGGGGGGGGGAAAGAAAAAGUUUGCAAAAAAAAGAAAUUCAUCCGGAGCGCGAUGACGCGCGCGCAGAGGCGCGGAGAGGGAGGGAGGGCGAGCGCGCGGUGAGAUAAAAAAGCCACUACCCAAAACUUUGCCGUUCAUUCGCGUGCAGUGUCUCGCGGACAGCCGGUGUGUUUGACCGGAGCGCACGUUUUGUCAAGCGGAAUAAAUGGCGUUCAGGAAGUUACCCGGUGUGCCCGUGUCAGCCAUGGGCCUCCGUCUGUCACAGAAAUUCGCCUUUCUGCUUUUUCUUUCCGGUUUGGUCACGCUGUGCCUCGGGGCUCUGUUUUUCCUUCCCGAUUCCGUCCGUCUCAAGCGCUUCUUCCUACCCAAGACCGAGAGCGCGAGCGCGGGUGCGAGUGCGGCGGCGACUCAGAGCGGUGCGCUCGCCGAGAAAGCGCGCGUGGAGCGCAACCCCGAGCCCAACGCCAAGCCCAGGGUGAGCCGGAGACCAGCCGUGACGCGCGGCGACGCCACCGGCGGCACCGCGGAGAGACCCCCGGGCGGACCGCAGGCCGACGACCGCGGGGUGAAGACGCAGCGUGGCGAGCAUGUCGCCACCCAGGGAACCGCCGCCGCCGCGGGGGGCCGCCGCAAAGGCCACGCGUACGACGCGUUCCGAAAGUGUCUGCUCAAACCGGCGCUCGGGAAUGACCGGGGCAAACCGACCGACCACCAAACCGCACAGAGGAGGGAUAAAGUCAGAGAGAUGAUGAAAUAUGCCUGGGACAACUACAGACGUUAUGCAUGGGGGCAAAACGAGCUCAGGCCGCUCACCAAAAACGGCCACAUCGGCAACAUGUUCGGGGGUUUGCGAGGGGCGACCAUUGUGGAUUCUCUGGAUACACUGUACAUCAUGGGUCUAACAGAAGAUUAUAAAGAGGCUAAAGAGUGGAUACGCACCAGCCUGGACCUGGACCUGAGUGGAGAGGCUUCUGUUUUUGAGGUGAACAUCCGGUACGUCGGAGGCCUGCUGUCUGCGUACUACCUGACCGGUGAAGAGGUGUUUAAGCAGAAGGUGUUGGAGCUCGGUGAGAAGUUGCUGCCGGCCUUCAGCACUCCAACUGGCAUCCCACGAGGAGUCAUUAACCUGGGCAGUGGCACCAGUUGGAACUGGGGAUGGGCGUCAGCCGGGAGCAGCAUCCUGGCUGAAUUCGGGACGUUGCACCUGGAGUUCGUGCACCUGACAGAACUUUCUGGAAACCCCAUUUUCACAGAGAAGGUGAUGAACAUUCGAAAGCUGCUGGACAAGAUCGAGAAGCCGCAGGGCCUCUACCCCAAUUUCCUGAGCCCUGUCAGUGGGAACUGGGUCCAACAUCACGUUUCUCUCGGAGGCCUGGGAGACAGCUUCUACGAGUACCUAAUCAAAUCAUACCUGAUGUCAGACAAGAUGGAUGAGGAGGCUAAGCGUAUGUACUACAGCGCUCUAGAGGCAAUAGAGACCAACCUGGUGCAGAAAUCUUCAGGAGGUCUUACAUAUGUUGCUGAAUGGAGAGGUGGAAUUCUAGACCACAAGAUGGGGCAUCUGGCUUGUUUCGCAGGCGGGAUGGUGGGCAUCGGGGCAGACGAUGGAGCUCCAGAGAAGAGGCAGCACUUCCUUGACCUGGCGGCCGAGAUUACAAACACAUGCCAUGAGUCUUACAGUCGCUCAGCCACGAAGCUCGGCCCUGAGGCUUUCCGCUUCGACGGAGGUGAAGAGGCCACAGCCACCAGACUGAGCGAUCGCUACUACAUCCUGAGGCCAGAGGUCAUCGAGAGCUACAUGUACAUGUGGCGUCUCACCCACGAUCCCAAGUACAGGGAGUGGGGCUGGCAGGCGGUGGAGGCACUGGAGAAAUUUUGCCGCAUCGACGGAGGUUAUUCGGGGAUCAGAGACGUCUACGCUACUACAGUCAGCCAUGAUAACAUGCAGCAGAGCUUCUUCCUGUCUGAAACUCUGAAAUACCUGUACCUGCUUUUCUCCGACGACGACCUGCUGCCGCUGGACGACUGGGUGUUCAACACUGAAGCUCAUCCUUUACCCAUCGUCCGCAGGAGCUGUUUAGAGGAGCACAGCGGCACCACGCGAGACAUUCAACACACACAUCCAGUGUAACCUGCAGCGACACAUCCUGAUACACACACACAUAUACACACACACACACUUACACACACACACAUGUGCGAGCGCACAGCGAGGCAGGGCCUCGGUUUCACUGGCCCUCGCCGCAGCCUCUCGGCUCCUUUUUUUCCUGUAAAAGGUCUCGCACUGCACGCUGUGAUUGUAAUAUCUGAGCCGGGACAAUUCUCUGUGGACAAUCAAAAUGAAAAUUACUUUUGUGACAAGAGCACCUUUGUUCCCUUCUUUUUUUCCUCUGUGAGGAAAAUGGAAUAUUCUUCAGGCCCAGAUUGGCGGGGUUGAGCACCGCCUCGUCACGGGCUACUUUUGAGAGAAAGAGAAAAAUCGCUUCACUCUUCUUCAGCACUCUUGUUCUUUCUGUCCAUCUUUUUACUCUUUUUUACAAGCUAGUGACGGGCAAUUUGUGACCAACGAUUUGUUUUUAUCAAUCACUUUUUUCAAGUGAUUCGCGAGCUCAAAAACGAUAGAAAGCACCAAAAUGACAACAAAGAAAUCAAGGUACAGGUUGCAUUUAUUUUGCAGUAGAUAACCCCUGCUGCUGUUACCCAGCUUGCCUUCUCAUUGUCUUACCCAGUUUUUGUCCCCUGUGGUCCUCAUUAACCAGUUCACACUCCUAUUUACAUUCCAACAUAACGUUACCAGAUUUGCACCUCUUAUACUGUUACUUUAUCUGCCUUCUGCAGUGUUCAAACCUGGUCCUUAUAACCGCGCCUGAUCUGCAUUUGUAUCAUGAUUGGCUCACCCAGUCACUGCCCCUCUGCCAAAACAUUCUCAUCAUUCCACAUUGUUCUGUCAGUAUGUAACUCAGUAUUCCUACUCAAAUUUAUACUGUUUUGGUAUUCAAUCUGUGCCUACAUUAUAACCCAGUCUGCACCAGUCAGGCCAUAACCCAGUCCUGUAUAUUUUCCAGUGUUGGUACAUUCCUUGUGUCAUGACUUGAUCUGUGUCCUCUGUGUCACUAGCCAGUUUGUUUCAAUGGUUGCAUUACAAUAUCUGCCCCCACACUGUAACCCAAUCUGCGUCAAACCUCGCUACUCAAUCCGCAUCCAUCCUUUUACAACUGUAUUCACUGUGUCGCUAUCCAAUCUGCGACACCUGGGUCACCGCACAACCGUCCUGAGCAUUUCCCCGUGCUGUCAAUCGAUCAGCAUUGCGUGUCUUUUGAGUCAAUCUACGUCCUCUGUAUCACAAGCUGGUCAGUGUCUAUGGUGACUUUACCAUAUUGGUUUUCCCUGUGUUGUAACCCGAUCUGCAUUACUCAUGCCAUUAGUUAAUAUUUACUUGCGUCCCAUGUGUUAUAACUUAAUCUGGAUCCCCAUCGUUACCCGAUAUGUGCCCACUGUGUCACUAUUUAAUACCCGCUUCAUACUAAUAAAUUUUUGAAGAUUUUCUCGGAUAGAUUUCAUUCAUCAAAUAGGAAAACUCACAAAAAGUAUCAGGCUUUCUAACGUACAGAAUCUUUUUCACCAAAGCUUUUCAGACAUCAGUAUUCUGAAUUUCCUUUAUUUAUUUAUUUUUAUUAUUUGUUUGCUUUUCAGCCAAGUCUAAGCGUCUGAAAGGUUGGUGGUGGCGGGGGUGGGGUGAAAGAGGGGUGGGGGGUAAAUCCAAAUUUCCUUUGAACAGUAUCAGAGGCAAAGUGUAGAGGAAAGUAGAGAAGUAAGACAGCAUUGUAUCAUGCAUCAAGGACCAGCACAGGCCAAGUUCAAAACAUUUCAUAGGGCAGUACACACACACACACACACACAUUUUAUAUAUAUAUAUAUAAUUUUUUUUCCCCUCAAUUAAAAAAAAGAUCACAAAAGGGACCUAAACCAAGUCCAUGAAUCGUCUCUGGCUCCCUUUAUCUCCGCCCAAGCAGCUGCACUGAGUGUGUUGAGUUUUUUUUUAUUCGCCACUGACCACCGCAGGAAUGUGCUGUACAUAACCAAAUGAGUGUGACUGUGUGUGACCUGUAUUGUUAAUCUGUUAAUCUGCCCUGUUUUUUUUUUUUUGCCCUUACAUCUUUUUUUUCUCAUACUUCUCAUUUCUUGUCUCACCCCUCCCCCAUUCAUUUAUAAUGAUUUUUCUGUUCAAUUCUAUUCUUUCCUUUCAUUUGAUUCCCUCAGGUGUUUCUGGAAAAGGAGAAUUUUUUGAUGAUUAUUGUUACUUAUGACUUAUGCUAUGAAUUAUCCUCGUUGAUUUGACUUUCAAUGUUGUUGUAUAUUUUCAGAUACUGGAUAAAAAAAAAAUCUAUAUAUCUGUGCACCUUUAUACAUUUAAAACAACUGCACAAAC